GUCGCAUCGCGUCGCAUCGCAUCGUGUCGUCGCCGUCGCGUCGUCUUCGUCGUGUUUCCCCGGCAUAAUAAUGUGCCUAUGACGAGGUGAUGAACGGCCGGCGUCGCAGUGUCGAGCGUCUUAGUGACAGUGUUCGUCGUCCUGCCGAUGGACGAUGACGAUUAACGGAGCGAACAGCAACAACAACAGCAGCAGCAGCAGCAGCACCGUGGUGAUCGCCUGUGCUCGCGCGAGGGAAAACAGUGUGCUCUGUGUGAUCUAAGUGCAACUUCUCCGUAUCUGCCCACGCGUAUAUAUUUAUAUAUAUGUGUACGUAUCGUACGUACGCACGUAUACAUACAUAUUUGCGCGACAUUCAUUCUUGGAUUACGUUUCAUCGUGCGGAGGAGCUGCCUUCGCGACCGUCUCUGAUCAAGGAUAAUGCGUUAUUGCGGUCGUUGCAAAGUGCGCCAAUAAGCCGCGCGUUCGCAUCUAUCUCGUGAAGGCUGUUCGCGGUGGAAAAAGCAAAGGCUCCUCUCUCGUCCUCCCGAGGGGGUCGGCGAGUGGUGGCGCGACAUUAUCAGCUACGGCGGCGAUCGGCGGCGUCGGAGCCCAGCCGUUAUCAUCCGGCUAUCAUAGCACAGUGCCACCCCAGAACGGAAGGGGUGGUUCGCCACUUCGUGUCGCGGCGAUGGUAGCAGCUGCCUCCGCUACGGCCACCGCCACUGCCAGCGUGGUGGCCAUGCAGGACCGCCAGGACAUCCCCUCGCAAUUCAAUCAGAUGCAGAGCCAACAUGGAAUACCCCACCAAACGUACCCCGUGGCGGGGUAUGGCCAAAGAGGACCAAUGGCAGGAAUGGGGCCAGUCGGGAUGAACAACUUCAACGGCAUAGGCACAAUGAGCCCGAUGCACACUAUGAAUUCCAUGAAUUCGAUGAACAGUAUGAGUGGCAUGAACACGAUGAAUCCUAUGACAAUGGGAGGAAUGAACGGUAUGAACGGUAUGAGCGGUAUGAAUGCUAUGAGUGGAAUGACACCCAUGAACUCCAUGAGCAACAUGGGCAACGUAGCCAUGAACAAUAUGAUGGGACCCAAUAACAUGCAAAUGAACAAAAUGCAGGCUCAAUCGCAUCAAGGCUAUCCGCGAAGAUUAGCGCCUUAUCCGAACCCAGCCAUGCACAUGGCGCAAAAGCGACAGCAAGUUCCGUAUCCCGCUCAGAACCCUACGGCUAUGCAGCAGGGCUUCAACGGCAUGACGGCAGCGCCGAAUUAUCCGAACGCCUAUCCCACCGGGGCGAGGCCGAAUUUUCAACAGCAGUAUCAGUCCAUGCAGAGCAUGAAUCCCACAGGGGCUGGUUUCGGACCCAACGCGAUGAUACGAGGAGCGAAUAUGAGGCAAACGGCACCGGCUUACAACACCCCCUCUCAGACGGCAGCAGCGAGCCAAUAUGGUUAUGGAAAUAAUGGCGUUUCGGGGGUUUGUAUGGUUCCCCCUACUUCGGUCGGUAACCAAUUCGUCGGCCAUCAGCAAAAUACGGGAGUAGGAUAUGGUGGGAAUGCGUCGUACGGCGCUUCGGGCGUGGCGACCAGUCAGUAUCAGCAGGAUGUAGCAUCGAUGAGGUCGACAAACGGAGGUAACAUGAAUUAUCAGCACAGUCCCAUCCCCGGUAAUCCGACGCCACCGUUGACACCCGCCACCAGUAUGCCGCCUUACAUCAGUCCGAAUCCGGACAUCAAGCCUAACUUCAAUGAGAUGAAAUCGCCCGGCAAUAUUCAAAAUGACGAAUUGAGACUAACAUUCCCCGUGAGAGACGGUAUAAUUCUUCCACCUUUCCGCCUAGAGCAUAAUUUGGCUGUUAGCAAUCACGUGUUUCAAUUGAAGUCCACGGUGCAUCAAACGUUAGCGUGGCGAUCAGAUCUGGAGUUGCAGCUCAAAUGUUUCCAUCAUGAGGAUAGGCAGAUGAAUACGAAUUGGCCGGCGAGUGUGCAAGUCUCCGUUAACGCGACUCCCCUCGUGAUCGAUCGCGGGGAGAACAAAUCUUCCCACAAGCCUCUCUAUUUGAAGGACGUAUGUCAAGCAGGAAGGAACACGAUACAGAUUACCGUAUCCACGUGCUGUUGUAAUGCGUGUUCUGUUUCACAGUCGCAUCUAUUUGUACUCCAAUUGGUUCAUCGACCCAGUGUACGAAGUGUGCUUCACGGAUUACUACGUAAAAGAUUGUUGACGGCAGAACAUUGUAUAACGAAAAUCAAAAGAAACUUCAGUAAUACAAUGUCAAACAAUGGUAUACAGUCAGAGAAAGACGUAGUGGAACAAACAGCACAAAAGUUAUGCGGAUCUUGCCAACAGGUAUCUUUAAAAUGUCCUAUCACCUUUAAACGCAUUACACUGCCAGCCAGAGGACACGAUUGCAAGCAUACACAGUGUUUCGAUUUGGAAUCGUACUUGCAAUUGAAUUGUGAACGAGGAAACUGGAGAUGUCCAGUAUGCUCGAAACCCGCACAGCUGGAAGGCUUGGAGGUCGAUCAGUAUAUGUGGGGUAUUUUGAAUACAAUAAAUACCGCAGAAGUUGACGAAGUGACGAUAGACUCGCUCGCCAACUGGAAACCCACCAAGAAUUCACCUGUUAAGUCUGAAGAAGAGAAUGAUUGUAAACGAACAACCAAGGCGAUGUCACCGGGCAGUAUGAAUAUGCCAACUAUGAACAAUUGGGAUAUGAACCAAGCUAUGAGUCCUUAUAUACCGCCCGACAUGAAUAGUAUCGUGAGUGGUUCGAUGAUGAAUAAUACAUCUUCCACGUACCAGAAUAACAGCAUGAACCACCGGAAUACAUCCGGCGGAACGUACGAGAUAAAUUCCGGGACGAAUACUAUCGGCAAUAAUGAUUAUGUCAGCGGAACAGGUCCGCUUUCACACUUAAACGAAUCCGUUAAUUCUUUAGAUCCUCUCAAUGCUAUGGAGAAAUCACUCAACGACCAAAUGCCUCAUACUCCUCAUACGCCACAUACCCCGCAAUCUACUCCUCACACACCGGCUGGUGGUGCCAGUGGUCCGCCAAGCGUUCCGCCAGCAUCACAAGAAUCUACGGGAAAUCACAAUACCUCCGGCAAUACAAGUACAACUAUAAAUAAUGACACCGCUACGGACAUACCGUCGGACUUAAAUUUCGAUCCCGCCGCAGUUAUAGAUGGAGAAGGUACCGGCCAAGAGGGAUUGAAUCUCUUACCAGACAAUGUAGAUGCGAUGGAUCUCCUCUCGUAUCUCGAACCACCGGACCUAAACACUCCCCCUAGUAGCGGCGCCAGCAGUGGCAAUCCUUCCUCUAACGACGACAUAUUAGCACUCUUCGAGUAAGAAAAAGAAAUGAAUAAAAGGCGAGUGACUAUUUCGUAAUCAAACUACGAUCCCCCAUACUUUAUAACAAAACGGUAAAACGAAUUGACAUCUCGUUGCAAACGUUAUUUUGACUACAGUAUAUCUUCGUGCGAAUUCCUUAAGAAACUCUAUAUGAUGAAAUUGAACAAGAUAUUCAAUUUCGAUUUCUGAUUAGAGACUGAGUUCGGAAGUUACUGUAUGCGAGCGCUUGCAGUGAGAAAAAUUAAAUUUUAUUGGGGUCACUGUGGGUGCUCUCACCUAAUCAAUGGUACAAAUAAUCUUAAUUAUAACUAUAAUAUUCCUAUUAAAAUUAGAGAUAAAAUGCUAGAGUUAAAGAAAUGAUUUCUAAUGAUAAUACAGCAAACACCAUACCAUUCGUAAAGACGUUAUUGCCUAGACAGCAUCUUGAUAUCGGUAUCGUAUGUAUGUGUGUAUGUAUGUAUGUAUGUAUGUAUCUAUCUAUCUAUAUAUACACAUAUGCGUGCGUUCGGAAGAUAUGCUUUUGAAAGUGGUGCGUUAAACAACACGCCAGAUAAUUAUUCCAGAAACGGUUUUAAAGCAUAUAUAUUUAAAUAAUUGAUUGCUGUACUUAUUCAGAUAUUCAUAGAUAUUCAGCUUAAAUUAUCAUGAAUCAUAGCAAUGGUCAAUAAAAGAUAUCUAUUAACACGUUUAUUAUAAUCCAAGAAAGUAUCUUUCAAAGAUGCUCCUUAUCUCUUAAUUUCCGUUUUUUUAUAUAAAAAUAAGAAAAAAUAAUUUAACAUAUUUAAUGAUAAACAUUUGUAUACAACUCGUGAGACAGGAUAUUGUAAGAUCCUAUAUCAUGGGCAAUGUGUAAAAAAAAUUAUUACAUUUUGCUUCAUAAGAUUCUGUAUAUUUAGUAUGUUUAUUUUAUCACGAUAAAUUAUAUUGAUUCAUCACGUUAAAUUAUAGUAAUGAAAUGAACAUUGUAUUGUUUUAAUUAUUUAUGAAUUGUUUAUGAAUAUUUGUUUGAGUGCAGACUAUCAUGCUGUGCUAAUUUACAAACAUUUCGGAAUAUUUUGAAGUUCUUGCAAUAAAGUCUUUAUACUGGAAAACCGGUCUAUUCGCAUUCAAGGCUAUGAUAGACCUAUGUCGCGACAAAAAAAAAA